AUGCAACUUCCGGCCGCCCUUUUGCUUUUGGCGCUCAAGAUGAGUUUCCUCAUCAGAGAGGCCAUUGCCGCAACCUCCGCUUCCACGCCUCGCCGUGUAACCGGUUCUCUACUACACCGCCGUAAGCAAAUGGAAGCUGCCUUAGAUUGGGAGUAGGGAUAGGUUGCAAAACCUGCAUUAUAAAUAUUUGUGUCGGAAGAAGGCAUCCAAUGUUUAGCUUAUGUUGGCUCUCCAGACUAGACAAGAAAUGGGCGCUAGAGGCAAGACGAGCAUAUGAUGAAGUUUUGCAGUGCUAUGAAGCCGCUCGAGGCUCACGACUUUGCGUCGUGUACUGCGCAUUUAUUUCAUGCGAUGGCGAUAAGUAGAAGUCAAUCGGCAGCAUGAAACUUCUGCAACCUAGCAUCCAAUGACUCUCCGGACAGCUUUCACUUCGCAAUGCGCCGGCCAAUCGCAGUCCUCCUCCAGUAUCGUGCGCCCGCAUGCCAAAGGUGGCCACAAGUACGGUUGGCAGGCUGACCUGGCCGCAGGCAAUCGCACCGUGGGAGAGAUACUACGUGAAUUGACAGAUGUAAAGAAGACAGUACUUGCAAAUUAUCGAAGUCGAAGCGGCCCUCUUUCGAGACGAGUGCAGAACAAGUGCUAUUCAUUCAUCGUAUGUUGACUCAUGCAUGCAAUUCCAUCUUUUCCUGAAAUAUAUCAUGCUAUUGGCUCCGGCCAGCGCCCGAAAAGAAAGUCUGCCUCCUGUGCGGAACGGAAACCAAUUAUGAUAUCUGCUCGAGACAUAGAAGACUCCAAUUGUACAUGAGAAGACGUGGUGGCGAUGCCUCCAGUCUGAAACCCUGUUGCUCUGUUCUGAGCUAGAAACUUGCAGUAGAAAAAGAAGCACUACAUCCAACGCGUUGCAUGAAGAUGGUGAUGGGAGCUACACAUUUGCUGAGGCGGAAGGUUGGUUCGUCACAAAGAGCCCUUCGGUCGAAGAUUGAGUAUCAAGCAUCUCGUCAAGAGGAUUAGGAGGAUUGUUUUCGACGGGAUGAGAUUCCAGACCGGUCAGAGGAAAAACUGCAACGUCACGCGGAGAAAAAACGCGCCGAAUCAGACCGGAAACGGGCAGAGAAAAAAUACCAAGCGGAGCUGGAUCGAGCGAGUGCUGAGAGGACAGAAGCCGAGGUGCAGAGACGCACAGCGGAGAUGGAACGCAUCAUGAAGGAGAAAGAAGAUCGCUGGAAAGAGCGUUGCGAGCUCGAAAACGCAAGACCCGCAUGGCGCGUUGCAGAGCUCGACGAAAAAGACAGCGACGCCAUAAAGACACUGCACCAGCGGCAGCAGGAGCUCGCUGCUGAACCGGAACGAGAUAGCAGGAGGAGUCGGCGCCACCGCGAAAGGGAGGAAGUACAAAUGAAACUGCAGGAGGCGAUCUCGCAAAAAAAUGAAAUCGCGCGGAUUUGUAGCACCCUCGAAGCAGAAAUACGAAAUGUGCGGCAACAAACCGGCAACCCACGAGGCGAAACUGGUUCAGCCCUAACCCAAGAGUUUCAGGAUCUGGACCGCGAAGAUGGCGAGAAAACGAGGCUGGCGCAGCAACUGAAGCAAGAGAGCGCGCAUGUGGAACGAGAGAUGUCCGCUGCUGAGUUGACAGCCGAGGGAGAGGAACGCCCAGCACGCGAGGCCACCUUAGCGCGCGAGCUGCGCGAGCGGCGAAAACGUGAGCAGGAGGAAACGCAAAGAGAUCGUAUAGCAGCGGAGGCCCGACAGCGCAACGAAUUUCAGACCGUGUUAGCAACGCCGCAGGUGGUCUCAAUAGAUCCACCGGUCAAGAGGUCAGUGUGUUGCAGAAGAUCCAGCGGCCGCGGAAGGUGCAGCGGCCCGGCGCGGCACUCGGGAUGGAGGAAAUAUUUCCCCAGGAGUCCGUUCUCCUGCUGCACACGGCGGUCAUGCUUCGCGAAGGCCCGACAGCGCGAAGAGGCUACGGCAGCUCGGCAGCAGGCCGCAGAAGAUGCAGCAAGCGCGAAGCCAUUGUGUUGCAGAAGAUGCAGCAGCCGCAGAAGAUGCAGCGGCCCCGCGCGACACUCGGGAUGGAGGACCUAUUUCCCCAGGAGUCCGUUCUCCGGCAACGCAUGGUGGCCAUGGGCUGCCAAAAAAUCUUGAAUCUGGUGAUGUUUUUUUGCAAAAGCUUGAAUCUAUGAUGCCAACCGUCUGCAUCUGACUUACAUGUAAAUACUAAAUAAAAAUAUGUAACAUAUAAUCUUAAAAAUCGUGGACAAUAGAUGUUUUCCUCUAGAAGAUGCAGCUAUUUUGGUAAAUUGCGUGAGUCCAAAGUUGUACCUCGGGACUUUCGCUUUCACACGUUGUGGAAAAUAGCAGAGCCCGCGUUCGAGCUGAUUUAUAUAUUUUAUGCUGCAAAUCCCCCUGCUUCAUGCACGGAGCAGCCCCGUGUCCUAUCUUUUGACGGUGGCAGGUGCUAUACUUUCUUGUUCGCUGAGCCAUAUAAUUAUUUUUCCCGAGACUGCGCUUCUGCAAGUUUUUUCCGUGUAUGAUGCUUCCGCAGUUUUUCUGAUUAGAUGAGAACUGUACCUUCCGCAGGAGGCCCCACGGCAUCGCAUAUAUAAAUGUCAAGGCGGAGUUUUGCUCGACUCGCUUUUAGCAUUAGCUUGCUUUUCCAUAUUGAAAUUGAUGACCUUGAUACUCAUAGAUACUUCGUAUUUCCUGCCUUACGCAUAGCAGUAUUGCCGAGGCGUAUUGAAACCCACGACAGAUGAAAAAAACCAGCUUUAUGUUAUUUCGAUGCUAUGUACCAAAUAUCGAACGCCUGAAGUCUCGAAAGUGGAAAAUGAAAAUAAUACAAGCAAAAUACAUGCUGUAGAUUCCAUGCGUGGUGUCUUGCAAUUUAUUUGCAAUAUCUGCCAUGUGACUAUAUGAUGAAAAUGAAUUACGUGGAAAAUCAGAAUGAAUCGCGAGUAGAUCCAUGAGACGGCUAAGAAAAUACAAGCAGAAAGACUUGUUCUGCAAACAACUUUAUAACCGAAUACACCAGGGGACACGCUUCUCCUCUCU